AUGAAUCCUCAAAUUCUGAAUCUCGUUCUCUCUUUGGGAUUGAUGCAGGUCGCCCGCAAAAUUCCGUUCGAAGAUGAAAACGUUUUGUUGGCAGUGAGGAUUGGAUAUGUGGCGAGUAUGCUUAUCAGCUUUGGCUUGUACCAGUGGAUAGCGGGCAAGAUCAGAGCCAAGAAUGACACGACGAUGCUCAAGUACACUGAGCCAGCAUCUCCAAUGUCCGGCGAAGAGCCACAACUUAUUACAACUACAAACCGCGACUACGAUUUACAAGAAACUUCCAAGCUCGUCAAGAGCCUGUUCACAUCCCUUGCCAUGAUGGGCUUCUUGCAUGGAUACAUGAAGUACACGCAGCCACUGUUCAUUCAGGGCAUCCUCGGCGUGAAGAACGCGCUCGACUCUAAGCCAGCUAAGGUUUGGGUGUUUGGCAACGAGGCUAAGGGCGACCUCAAGCGUCCAUGGAAGGCUGCUAACCCAUUCGGUAUGGGCGAUGAAGUCAAGACUGAUGCUGCGUCUGUCAAGCAAGCUGAGAAGUCGAUUGGAUCCACUAACAAGGCGGAGUAG